CCCGCGGCCCCGCGCAGGCGCAGCGCUCGGGCGGGAUGGCAGCGGCGGCGGCCGUGCCGGGGCCGGGGCCCGCGGAGGCGGCGGCGCCCGGGGAAGACGCGGCGGGCGCGGGCCCGCAGGGCCCAGGGCCGGCCCGCCUGGCCCGGCUGCCGCUGGCGCGGGUGAAGGCGCUGGUGAAGGCGGACCCGGACGUCACCCUGGCCAGCCAGGAGGCCGUGUUCGUGCUGGCGCGGGCCACGGAGCUGUUUGUUGAAACCAUAGCCAAAGAUGCUUACAUGUAUGCCCAGCAAGGAAAAAGGAAAACCCUGCAAAGAAAAGACCUGGAUAAUGCUAUUGAAGCUAUUGAUGAAUUUGCUUUUCUGGAAGGUACUUUGGACUGAGCUGGACAGAGACAGAGUUCUCUGGAGAAAGAGACUACAGAUGUGGUGCGAGAUGGAAAACAGGAUGCUGAGAGUUCAAAAAUCAUUCCUAGAACUGAGACACUGAAGUUGAGACAUGGCAACCAUGAUGUUUUGUAUAAAGUUGAAAUUGUUGUAAUUUCUUUAUUUAAAAUGCAUAUUUUUUCGUAACUAUUUUGUAUGUCCCUUCACAUGUGGCUGUAGUGCAGCUCUCUGCUCUGGCCAGUUACACAGCAGUUACUCCCAGUAGCAGUCCCAGACUCUUUGGGUACUCUGCAGCACCACAGAGCUGUGAACAAAGUGGCUUGGCUCAGGCACAAGGAAUUUUUUUAAUGGAAAUGUGGGUUUUGUCAUAUAUGUUUGUUUCUUAACACAAUUAAAUUGUUGUUGUUGA